CAGUCAGAUCUAUUCGAUAUGAUAAAUGUGCAAUGGAAUAAAAAUGUUGCUGUUAGGUGAUAUAACAGCAUCACUUAUACGCUGGUUUGAAGGGUCAUGAAGUUGACUCUGGUGAUACUUUAAUUUAAUUAUUAUAUAUUGUUUCAAUUCAUAAUAUGAUGGGAAUAUUGUACGAAAAGCGGCCAUUAAAAAGGCCUAGAUUAGGACCACCCGACGUUUAUCCUCAAGAACCAAAGCAGAAAGAGGAUGAACUAACUCCUAGUAAUGUUAAACACGGAUUUACUACUUCGUUGCAGCUGUCGGAUGAACAUGGCACUGCUAGAAAUUGUAAUGUUACUGCUGCUAAGGUUGGAGCUUAUUUCAAUGCUAUAUUAGCUAAAAAAGAAGAGUUAGCAACAAUGCCAGAUACGGGGAGAAAAAGACAGCAAAUCAAUCCUAAGGAUAAUUUUUGGCCGGUAACUGCUAGGACUAAAAAUGGUAUCGAGGCUUGGUUUAAAGAUUUAUCUGGCUGUAAGCCUCUUGUAUCGUUAGCUAAAAAAGCACCAAAUUUUAAUAAAAAAGAAGAAAUAUUUACAAUGUUGUGCGAGUAUCAAGUGCCAAUGUUAAGAGCUGCUUGGUUCAUUAAACUUAGUUCUGCUUAUACAGUAGCAGUUUCAGAAGCUAAAAUAAAGAAACGACAAUUGCCAGAUCCAACUACAGAAUGGACUGGAACGUUAAUCAAAUUUCUCAAAGAUCAGCUUUCCAAACUUCAAGAGUAUUAUCAUUUGGGUGGACACACUUCGAGCAAUUCAAACACAAUUAAUAGCAGUAGUAAUAUUGCAACCAAUGGCAUUACAAAUUCUUCGUCUACAAGCACUACAAACAGCAUAACGGCAAACGGUACCAAUUUAAGUAGCCAAUCUAUUACGACGAACGGUGUUGUCAAUGCUCAGCCUUCUACACCUAAUUCGAACUCGACCUCUAAUAUUCAGUGUGCACCUACCACCAUUAUGAACGAGGAUCAUAAAUUAGUCCUGAAACAAUGGCACUAUUGUAUACAAUUAGCCAAGUAUAUGUUUGAAGAGGGUCUCCUAGACAGACAAGAGCUUCUACAAUGGAUACUGGAACUCUUGGACAAAUUAAGAUCUGCACCAUCGGAUGAUGGAGUUUUGAAGCUCUUGUUGCCGUUAGCAUUACAAUAUUUGGAAGAAUUCGUUCAGUCGGAGCUCUUGGCUAGGAGAUUGGCUUAUCUGUGUUGUAAAAAAAUCGCGCACAUGUGUAAUAACGUGGAUACCACGUGUAGCCCACAAAGUCCGUCCGUCAUGGCAAUUGCUGCAGUCGCUGCUGCUGUAAAAAACGAAAUGAAUGGGAACAAGGAUGGACUUCACCCGCCUCAAGCGGCACCCGUUGUCAAUCAAUUAAACGCAGUUUUCAACGACUACUUAAAUUGUCCUCAUCACAGGGACGUUCUUUAUGGACUCUCCACAAUAAUUCAAGUCAUAACAUUAGAGUGUCCUACGGCUUUGGUUUGGAAUAACGUUGGAGAGGGUAAAUCAAUUUCGGUGUUAAACGGCUCACCAUUAGAUCACUUGCCAUGUCCGCCAGCUGUACUUCCCAGUCCUCCAGCGAGUGCUGCUGGACCGACGCGGCGACAACUCAAGGUCGCCCAGGAAAACAUUCGCUCACGCUCACAAGCUGCGGAAAGCCGUUGGUCUUGCGACAAAUGGCAACAAAGUAGUGCUGGUAUGACGACGACCAAAGUUCUGGCGGCUCUCGAUGCCCUUGACCGGCAUAGUUUCGAUCGCAUGGACUCGGGCAACUCCCUGGACACCCUCUAUGCAAAGAUCUUCACGAGUCCGGGUAAGGAUGGUGGGGGAGCCGCUGUGGCCGGAGUCACCCUCCCUGCGUCGGUCACGUCCUCGUCGUCCGGGCCUGGUGGUGAGCGCGAGGCCAACAGUACGAAGGGCGAGUACAAUCCUCAGCAGGAUGCGCCGAUCGUCGAGAUUCUUUGCGAAUGGGCGGUAAGUGCCGAGCGAUGGGGCGAGCAUCGCGCCAUGGCCGUGGCCAAGCUUUUGGAAAAGCGCCAGAGCGAAGCGUCCGGAGAGAGCAACGAUAGCGAUGACAAGGAUAGCGUAUGCAGCAAUGGAAACGGUCCGCCGGCCUUACCGAUAUUCCAGACGCUACUCAUGAAGUUUUUGGACGUCGAUGCACCUAUCCUCGAUAACGGGUCCGCGCAGUCCAAGGUCCAGUUCACGAAUCUCGUGCAUCUCUUUUCGGAGCUCAUCAGGCACGACGUCUUCUCUCACGAUGCUUACAUGUGUACGCUGAUAUCUCGGGGAGACCUCAUUCAAGGUCCGGUAGCGAGUAAGCCAAACACACCGAGUAAUCGAGAGCCAAUGGACGAGGACAGCUUGUUCCCGGGUAUCGAUCUCAAACCGACGAAGCUCGAUCCUCAGGACCACAUGCGCUCGACAAAUGAUUACGACGACAGCAAGAUUGACGACGAUCUAGACAAGAUACUCCAGGACAUCAAAGACGUUCAGCAGAACAGCAUGGAUGCACCGGACAGCCCGAAGGAGAGCGACGCCCUUGCAGGCCACGGACACCAUGAUCCGGUCCUUGACUCGACCAAGCCGCCUACCAGCCCCAGCAGACAUUUAUUGUACACGACACACUUCCCGUUACCCCAGGACGAAACCUGUAGCCAGCACGACUGCAAUCAGCGCCACGUACUUCUGUACGGAGUGGGUCGAGUCAGGGACGAAGCCAGACACGUCGUUAAAAAAAUGACCAAGGAGGUUUGCAAGCUUUUCGGCAAAAAAUUCAGCAUCGAUGUGGCGGAGGGCGGUAAAGUGAAGAAGCACUCACGCAGUGAAUUUAACUUCGAGGCUAUCACCCAGAAAUUCCAAAAUCUCAGCUAUUUCGAUCAACAUGUAGUAACGUGGCAGUGCGCCACUCAAGUUGUCGAUAUGCUCAACACUUUCGUCACUGGUUCGUCGUAUUUGCCGGUGCAGGAGCACGUUGCCUUUCUCUUCGACCUCAUGGAACUCGCUCUCAAUAUCUACGGACUGAUCGAGAUAUGUAUACAGAUAUUGAAGGAGCUGCCGGACGUUGAAGUACAGUUGGAUGUCAGAAAAAGCACGCUUAUUCGAAGUUAUACGACGAAUCUCAGUCUGUAUAUCGUCGGGGUACUCAGGAGAUAUCACUGCUGCUUACUACUUUCGCCGGAGCAAACGACAGUGGUUUUCAGUCUGCUCUGUAAAAUGGUGGCGCACGUUUCGAAUCCAAGCGAUUGCAGCUCCGCGGAGCGCUGUGUUCUCGCACAUCUUUACGAUCUUUACUCGAACUGCUCCUUGCUAAAGACUAAACCUCAUAGUUCGGAGGGUUUCAACAAUGCGAAUCCAAAAAUACGAGCGGCAUACUAUACGGCCCUCACGCUCACGCCCUCGAAUCAUCUCUAUAAUUCACAGUUUAUGGUAGAUGUGUUGAACAGCCCUCGUCGAGGUGGUAAAAUCGAGGCACAAUGGGCUCGCCAACUCAACGAGGCACCGGCCAAUCGUUAUAGCUUCGUAUGUAAUGCUAUUGUUGCUGUAUGCAGUGAAACCGACAAUGAUAAACUCAACGAUAUCGCGAUCACAUGUGCAGAACUUACUGCUUGCUGCAACGCAUUAAAUACGGAGUGGCUGGGCGUUCUAAGUGCUCUCUGUUGCUCCUCGAAUAGUUCGGCUAAUUAUAUCGAUGUACAAAAUCAAGUGGAUGUUCAGGAUUUGAGUAUUCACAAUUCAUUAGCUGUCUUCACAUCUAUUCUUAUUGCGAGGCACUGUUUCUCCCUGGAGGACUUUGUGCGCCAUAUAGCUUUGCCGUCGCUUGUGAAAGCUUGCAACGAGGGCCGCGGAGACGCAGACAACGAGGCCGAGGCCGGCGCCCGGCUUACGUGUCACCUCCUUCUCCGGCUUUUCAAGACAGUCGAGUGUCCGCAGCCGGCCCUCUACUCCGUCGGUACCUCGCCGCAUCCGCUCCCCAGUGGCAAUCAGCGCAGCUAUAGUAUUAAGCUGAGUUGCGACCGGCACCUUUUAGCUGCUGCCCACAAUAACAUAAGCGUCGGCCCGCUUAUAGCGGUACUAAAAGCUAUUCUAGUGGUGGGUGAUGCGACGGCAGGGAAACAGCAGCAAAAGAAACCGGACACGUUAAUGUCACACUCAGGCAAAGGUGGUCCAGGAAGUGUUGGGGGCUCUGGCCCUGGUGAACUCUCUAUUAGUCAUAUUUUAGGUACGAGUGAUAUUCUUGGUGGUGCUGACGAUCUGGGUUUAGAUCUGGCGAUGUCAUCGUCAAGUAGUAGUGUAGGAAUGAUAACGGAGAGUGUUAAAGGAUUGUCGGAUUUCGCUCAGCAUGUUCUUCGACAAAUUUGUAGUCAAGAAUGGGUUUUGGAAAGAUGUUUACAAAAUCCUGAAGAGCUUUGUCAAGAAGAUAUGCUUCUUGAUAAUAUGCUUACCCCACGUCAGGCUCAAAGAUUGCUGCAUAUGAUCUGCUAUCCAGAUACGCCUGCUGAUGCAUUUUUAGAACAGAAAACUCACAUCACGAAUAUCCUGGAGAACCUUGAACAGUGGAGCUUACGUAUGUCCUGGUUGGAUCUUCAGCUAAUGUAUAAGCAGUUUCCAUCGGCAUCCAGUGAUCUGUCACAGUGGCUAGACACCGUAGCGAAGGCAGCGAUCGACGUCUUCCAGCUGAACAAUGUAUCCGGCAAGCCUGAAAAACGUUCGGAUUCCAUCUGGUUGGUGGCACCUUUAGUAUCAAAGCUGCCUAGCGCAGUGCAAGGUAGAGUACUUAAGGUUGCUGGUCAAGUGCUAGAAUCGGGUAAUUGGUCAAAGGCAGCGGGAAGAGACAGAAGAAUCAAGUCACCUUCGAUGUUUAAUCACCAGCCCUUCUUGUCCCUAGUAUUGACGUGUUUAAAAGGGCAAGACGAUCAGAGAGAAGGUCUACUGACAUCGUUGCAUUCUCAACUAUCACAAUUUUGCACGACAAGUAAGGAUGAAAAAAGUAUCGGCAGCGAUGAUCCCAAGGCUCGAGAAAUCCUCCAAGAUGCUCUUCAGCUGCGAUUCAGUCUUGUUGGCGGUGUCUUCGAUACAAUACAACGAAAUAUCACCGUUACAAAUGAUUGGGCGAUGUUGCUCGUGCAGCUCGUGAGCUACGGCGUGAUCGACCUUAAUAACAACGCGGAACUGUUCACGACUGUGAUCGAUAUGCUUGCGACUCUCAUACAUUCCACGCUAGUUUCCGAUUCGCAAAGCGAAAAGGACGAGAAUAAAAAGUACUAUCAAAAUCUUAUGAAAAAAUUGAAGAAGGAGCUGGGAGAUAGAAACAGCCAGAGCAUACAGUUUGUAAGGCAAUUAUUGCCUUUGCCCAAAGUUACCAUGGAAGUCAUUACAUGCGAGCAAGUUGGCUGCAUCACCGAUACCAAAGGCAAUAAGAUUGCCGGUUUCAACAGUAUUGAUAAAAAGCAAGGCUUACAAGUUUAUAAUGCGCAGCGCGUCUCGGCCUGGGAGCUUCUCGAGGGCCACAAGAAUCCAGCUCCCCUCUCCUGGGCCUGGUUUCGUGCUGUACGUCUCGAACGCAAACCACUGACAUAUCAGAACGCUCACAAGCUGCUACGCUAUCACACUCAUAGCCAAAUCAGGCCUGCGUCGCAUUAUCUGGAGCCACCCCCACUCCCACCUGAAGACCUCGAGCCCGAUAAGAAGGAAUUAGAAACGGGUAAAGCUGAUACGCCGAUGAGCAUCGACUCGCCAGGGCGAAUGAUGGUAACGAUAGCUGGGGCCGGUAAGGGUAAAGCUUUGAAAACGAAACGCCACCGAAGGAACAAGGGACCGGCAACUCCAACGAAUCCAAUGCAGCCACAACAGAUACCGCAGCCUCAAGGACCAAACCAAAUGCAGCAAAUGGUUUACAAUGCUCAGCAGGCCCAAGUAUCUCAGCAGCCAGGUAUGUUCCCCAAUCAACAGCCCCAACAACAGCAGCAAUGGUACCCGAAUCAACAGGCCCCGCAUCCAACUCCACCACAGCAGUACGGACCGUACGGUAACCAGAUGGCGCCGACGCAAAUCGCGGGUCCGCGUUAUGAUAGACCGGGGCCCGCCCUCAACCAGUCCCAGUCCAAGCAGGCCCUAACUAACAUGCUGAGGCUACGAUUACCAUCGAACCAGUUCAUUGGUGCACAGCAGCAGCAGCAGCAGCAGGCGGUGGCGCCCCCGAAUGCGGCGCCACCGAACGUCACUGGACCAGCUGCCUUCCAGGGCAUUCAGAGAAGUCAAUUCAUAAGGCAACAGCUCAGGGCGACUCAUGGGCAGCAGCACGUAGCACCACCUGGAAUGCAGCCCCAGCAGGGCUUGUUUGCGCCCCAGCAGCAACAGCAGCAGCAGCCGCAGGGAAUGUAUGCCGGCAUGCAGCAAGGUAUGAAUCAAAAUUACGCCGGCUACGGUGGACAGCAAAUGAUACCUCAGCAGCCGCAGCAGCAGCAGCCUCCGGGUCUGAUGGCCCAGCAGCAAAAUAUGUUCCAAAAUCAGCAACAAAUGAUGGGAGCCCAAAACCAGCAGCAGAUGAUCAAUGCCCAAAAUCAGCAGCAGAUGAUGGGCGCGCAACGAAGUCAGGAGUACAUGCAACAGCAGAGAAUGCAACCCGGCACCGCAAGACCGCCUUAUUUGCAGCAGGCGCCAAACGUAACUAUGAAUACAAUGGGUCCAAUGGGUGCUGGAGUACAAAAUCAACCGGCACCUCCGUACCGGCAAGCCGGUGGCAAACCCGGUACGGUCAAUGUCGGUGGUGUUGGACAAGCUAAUGUUGGUCUCCAGCCAAAUCAACACAUGCAAUCCCAAAUGUCAUUGACUCAACAACGCAUGAGGCAGAUAAUGGCCAUGCAACAGCAACAGCAACAAGCUCAACAGCAACAGCAAGUUCAGCAACAGGCGGGUAAUGCCGGCCAACAGGCGACGCCUCAGCUGGUUGCUCAUCUUCAGCGCAAUCUUAAUCAGGCCCCGCAGCAUCCUUAUCAGCAUCAACCGCCGCCUUACUAAGUGUACUUCGUCAGCACGAACAAAAAUGUGUGGCUGUGUGCGUUCGGCACCUUCGGACGGGCGCAUUAUUAUUAUUAUUAUUACUAUUAUUAUUACUAUUAUUAUUAUUACUAUUAUUAUUAUUAGUAUAAUUAUAAUUACGAAAAGGAUGAGUGUUUAGAAAGAAGUAAUUGAAAAUAUAGUGAAUGUAAAUGUUGAAAUAUUUUAUAGAGAGAUUUUCAAAUAUUUGCGUAGAUGUGUAUAAUUAGCACGCGAAAUAGUGUUUCGUAAGAAGAGAAAAAAAUUAUGCAAAUAUAUUGCCGAUCUAUUCGAGAUGUAAUAUUUAAAUGAAAGAGAGAGAGAGAGAGA